UAAUUUUUUGAGAUUGUUAAAGCAACCGGAUCAUCAUUGCCUUUUCUUGUAACGGUUGUCCGAAAGACUUGUCCCAAACUACAUGCAUUCAUCUCCUUUAUGAAGCCUUCCAGCAAUAGGCAGCCAAAGCGAUCACAGUUCCCAAGAUCCACGUAAUGCGGUUGUUCUCGAUGGGACCAUACUCGGCAUCGAAUUUCUUUUCUUCGAGAGUAGGUUCCGGUGGCAAUCCCGCGUUGUGUACUCGCCAAUAUCGGUGUGACUCGUGUGCGAAACUCGAGAGCGGUGACUCCAGUGCUUCUUCCUUUCUUUCCUCCUCCCCGUCGGUUUCCUUGUGACAAUCCAUUCGCACGCCAUCCGUUCGUGACUGCAUCACACCCUGAACGGCAUCUGUUUCGCGUUCUUCAUCGAAACCAAUUAAAUCCUGAAUAGAAUUGCAAACGAUCCCAAUGCAGCUUUUCUUCAGGUCGACACCGUCACGAUGUGAGCCAGUCUUGUCGCUGUAUUUCCUCCGAUCCCUAGACCCGAUUAAAAUGGCAUCGAGGCAGGAUUCUAAACCGGGUGCCGCGCGUGGAUGAUCGGUAAGUCCAACAGUCACACCGGCCAGAUCAAUGGCAGAAAGCAUGUAUGGCGUAGUAUCACCAAGGCAGUCGCCGUCUUGCUGUUUGUUGUUUCCAACGCUUUCCGAUAGUAGUAUGCAGCGUGCCAAUUCUUCUGCGUUUGAAACGUGUUUCUGAAAUUCAUCAGACCGAAGCGCGUUGCUUCUUUUGGCUACCGACGAUGGUUGCACCAACAUAUCUACGACAACGUAAACUCUUGGUGUGUCUGGUGGAUCUUCGCUUUGAUUCAAAACUGUCGAUGUUCGUUUCAUUUCCAAGAGGCAUUUCAAUUUUUGAAUCGCUUCUCGAAAGGGACCUUUCUGAAAGGAUGCUGUGGUCGCUGUGGUCUUCUCAUCUAUAUGUGCAUUCCACAGUAGAUAAAGAAUUACGAAAGGGGGGAACUUGAUGUUGUUCUUGCGACUGAUGUCAUGUCCUUUUUUGCUUCCUCUACUGCAACUAGAAUUUUCAUUCUCGUUGACGCCGUGAGAAAUGUCAUUACUAUCGUGCACUUCUGAGCUUGAAUGGUGGUUAUUCAGGUAGACAGGAUGUAUCGAGUGCUGCUCGAUUUCGCUUAGCAUAUAAUACCGCUCGACGCUGUAGUUUCGUCCCUGUGUUGUUUUCACUGUGAUGCAGGAAUCAUCGUGAUCUGGUGAUGACGGCAUCGUAUUACGAAAAAGACGAGAAAUUGCUCGUAAUGAAUUUCCGAAACAGAUUCUUGUCGGUGCAUUGGCAGGAGCAAAGGAUCUUCUGUCUAAUAAUCAAGGUAAUGGUAUUGUUGAAGAAGGUACAGUAAAUGAAAAGUAAAGAAUAGUGUCGACAACUGAGAGUGUUUCAUGGUGUCGUGAAAUGAAAUUUCGACGGAACGUGCAAGAUUCAAAUAAAGAUUCAAAUAAGUUACAAGCAGAGCUUCAUUAUGGUCAAGUGGUUUGGUCUUCACUGAUGUCACUGAAUGGAUGAAAAUUCCAAUAAUGGUUGUUGAAAAUAAAUCAGUUCCAACCAGGUCUUGUACACUUCUAGCAAAUCAACUACAAUCUCUGUCUUCUUUGAUGUAGUGUAACAGCAGGCUCUUUUAUCCCUCCUUUUCCCCUCGGGAUUUGCCACCAUUCUUGUUCUUCUUCUUCCUUCUUGCUUGUUGUGAUCCAAAUUGGACAACAGCAGCAAAGGAGGACACUUGCUGAUACUACAGAGGAUACUGAUACACUGGUGUCUACUGAUACAAUACUAUGAUGAGUCCCUUAUACAGAGGAUGCUGAUACAAUACAAGUUGCUGAUAAAGGUUGCAGAUAAAGAUCACUGAUAGUGUAUGGGAAGAUACUGUCGUGAUAAACAAUGAUACAGAUACUUUGAGUUGCUGAUACAGAGGAUGCUGAUACAAUGUGAGUUGCUGAUACAAGCACUGGUAUUCAUGAAGGAUAAUACAGAGGAUGCUGAUAUAGACCUGCUGAUAAGUACUGCUAGCAAGCUCCUGCUGCUGUAAGCAAACAACAACAAUUUUGCAUUUCUACUGUAUUUACUACAUGAGCAUGCAUGCACUUUUUGUAACCAGACCAACCUAUUUGUCACCACACUAGUACUAGUAGUGCCUUGAAGAAAUAAGAGUUCUAAAGGGAAGGGUUAGGCUAAAAGCUCUGGCUACAAAAUCAGUCCAGGCACUUCUUGUAACCAGCCUGAGGUGCAUGGUGUACUUAACAAGCAAAAAUCAACUACUGUGUAUACACAUAAGCUGCUCCACAAAACAGUGUGUCUGUAUAGUAAUCAAGUGUGCUGAGUACAUGAUAAUUUUGAGCCACUCAGCAGUUACCAGCAUGACACAGAAUUGGCUCACUAACCCAGAUAGUUUCAACAGUGCAAAAACUAAGUGAGUGCUACUAGUAGCAAGGUGAAAAAGGACCAUUCUGAAAAGAAUUUAGAGGGUAAUCAACAAAAGCUCUGUGGCUGUUUAUUGUUUCUGAAAUACAAAUGGAAUUUGUUGUUGUUGUUGUUGUUGUUUGUAAGGAGAUAAAAAGGUGUUCUUACAAACAGACCACUUGAAGUUGUAACUCCUCAUGAAAGCACAAUGACAUAAAUCCAAUUGAUGCUUCUUGUUGUGUACAGAAACCAAGUUGAAACCAACACAUUUUCCAAAGAUCUUCCCUGUAAUUUUGAACAUUUCUUUGAUUGGAAAUAUUAAUUGAGUUGAAUGUAUUCCUUUCUGACUUGUUUCAGUUGAAUUAGUAAUUCUUGAUUCAUAUUCUUGUGGACAUCAGCAUUAACAUUUAGCUGUUGCUACAGUGUUUUGAGAAGUUAAAGUGAUUACAUUUUUUGAGUCUCCUUCUUCAAGGUCCACCUGUAUCCAUUCAACUUUGGCAGCAUUUACUGUGAUGCAUUGAACAAAAUAUCCAUCAAUGUUGAUAAUUUUACAAUCCUGUGUUGUCAUUGACCAUGACACCAGGUCUACAAGCAUUGGAUACAUCAUUUUGGAAGAUUUGAUUCCACCUGCAACAAUGUCAGCAUUGGAUGUAGUGGUGAGCAAGCAGUAUUUCUGAAAAUCUGGUAUGCUGUCUCAGUAGUUUCUUGUUUUGGGUCCAAGGCCUUUUGUACAAUGGUGUGAUAUGGUAAUUCAUAUUUUUGAAUGUGUCAUUUCAACAAACUUAGAAAAUUUGCCAUCAUUUAUUGCACAAUUAUCUGCAUUGCUGUAUGUUGUGUUAGUAAUCUCUUCUGGAAGUUUGCCCCAAGGUUUUAUGAUUCUUGAAUUGAUGAUUUGAACAUGCUCUUCUUUCAGGCCACUUGUUCUGCUGAAAUUGUCAAGAAGCCCAUCCCAGUAGAUUGAAUCAUCUUUAAACCUGUGUUUUUUAUAGUGCAAGGUGUUGAUUUUCUCUCUCAAAGAUAGAAAUCAUUUUUUGACAAGAGGGAGCAUCCUACCACUGGUUUGCAUUGAUUGAAGUCACCUCCAAAGACAAUGAGUAGAUUGUCAUAGAAAUUAUAUGACUUCCUUUCACAUGAUAAGUUCAGAAACUAGUUCAAUGUUUCCAACUAUUUGAUGCUACUAGCAAGUGAUAUCUCAUCAACAAUGAGCAGGCAAGUCUCGUUUCCCCAUGCAUCAUCCUGAGAAACAUUAGAUCUGUCCCAAUUUAGGUGACAAGCUUUAUGUGUUGUUUCCCCGUGGAUGGUAAUACUAGCUGCUACUCCAGUCAUGUCUGUGAUAGCCAGAGUUCUGUUGGAAAAGUUCACUCCUUAUUCUUUGCAAACAGAACAAUGAAUUGUUCUUGAUUUUUCAGUACCACAAGCCCUUCCUGAUAGAAAACAGAUGAACUGACCUUGUUCUUUUCUUUAAUCAAUCAGAUGAAUAAACAGCUGCUUUAGGUGGUCUAAGAACUUUUCUUCAUCAUUUUUACAAAUGUAUGUGUGGCAGUUGAAGUUGAAAUUUUGUCUGUCUGUAGACUGAAUCUGGCCUGCUGGAUCUCCUACUAGUACUAAUGGUAAUGAAAAAACUAGUACUAGGACCAAGCCCUUCAUCAUUAGUUCAAAAGCAGCACCAAUAUAUCUCUAAACAAUUUUGUGUACUAGUACAUUGUUCCUGUAGUUGAGUAUUUUUGAAUCAUGUUGUUUUGGCAUAGUUGUAAAUUGAUUUCUUGACUGUCAUCAAUAUUUUCAUCUUUGUUCAACCCCAACUGUUGAAUUGCUGCCUUUCUUUACUUUCUUGGUGUUGACUUCAGCAGUAUGUUUUUUAUGCAAGUGCCUGCUACCAACCACUGGUAAAAUUUCCCACUUUUCUUGCUUGAAUAGACUUUGUUUGAUCACUUUGUGAAAGAUUUUCUUCAGAUUGGUCGUCUUGCAAUUCUUCAAAUCAACAAUAGCUUCUUUAAAGGAGAGGCAAUGGUUUGUGUAGUAGUAGUCCAUUACUUUGUGUCUUGCUGUUCAACAUCACUGUCAGAGUGAGUAGGAAUGUUCUGGGUGGGUGUUUGCUCUUGAAACAAUAGCCAGUUCUAGAACUACUUUUAGCGUUAGAUAUUGGUGUGCUGGCCAAUCACCAGCAGUCAGUAAUCCAUAUAAAACUUCAACAGGUGGUGCUAGUUCACCCUCAUCAUACUAAUAGUUUUGGCUUAAACAUGAGUACUAACAGUGAGGAAUGCAAACUAGUGAGAUAAAAGUUAGUAGUAACUUCUUUGCAUUUUAAUGACCAUGUUUGUCCUGAAUGCUGUGAUGUUUGUAGUAACACAAGUGAUAGUAAGAUUUAGUACCAAUAUUCAGUGGACAAGCAAAAGUCCUCAAGGUUUAGGAUACUAUAAGUCUUUCAGUACUGCUAUCUGAGGCCUUGAUAGGAAUGUUCUUGUCAUUAAGUUUUGCAACAAGGAAAUCCUACCAUCUGGUGCCACAGUUCUUCAAAUGACAGAAGUUUUAAUUUCACUACUCCUCAUUCUGUCUGCGUUUCCACCAGGAUGGCAGUAUCUAUCUUCUCCACUGUUCUCAUGCCAGUUGACUUUCCUGGCAUUGGAAUACUAUUCUUGUAUCUUGAAGGAAGGCAAUGAUAACUAUUAAAUCCUUUUUGUAUUGCACUGAAAUCUUGGCUGCUAUAUUGGAGAAUGGUUUGAUAAUUGCUGUGUUACUCCAGGAAAAUACUCCAAGAAGAGUCUCUAUCUGGCAAAACACUACUAUCAGACCAACAUCAGUUGGUACCAUCUUUUGUAGACAACUUUUCCCAGCAUCAGAACUCAGAUCCAGAUCUCAAUUCAUGUUCCUAUUCUCUGUGGUUUUAUGAGGCUCCUAGUUUGGAAUCUUUUUGUGCUCAUAUUGCUCUGUCAGGGCAAAGCAAUAUAUCAUUCCAUGGUCAUGCUGUUUACCAAAAGCACAGUUACUAAUAAAGAGAGUCAGACACUUUUUUCUCUUUGUCCCAACAAAUUUGUUCAAUUGAAGCUGCUCAGUUCCCCCCUGACCCUGAAGUUUUCCUAUCAAAUGACCACCAACACUUCCUUCUCCUACAACUUCUAUGUCAGAGUUCAUCAGAGGCAAUGGGUUCUUUGUAAUCUUGGAAUGACUGGUCACAAUAAUGACUAAAUUUAUGAAGUCUAGGGAGAAUCUAGGUUCUCAAAAUUUUGGAAUGAUGGAUCACAAAUAUGACUGAUUCGUUUGAGUCUUGAGAGCAAUUUGAUUAUCUUAAAUCUUGGUAUCACCAAUCACAAAUAUAAGUGAUUUUUUCAGUCUUUGAAGCAAUUUGGUUCUCUUAAAUAUUGGAAUGACUGAUCACCACAAUAAUGACUGAAUGUUUACAUUAAAAGUGAAUAAUUUGCUUUUUGUCCAGGUACCAUUUUAUUCAUGAUUUUGGGGUACUGAGGGUUAGUACAUGGAAGUAUUCUAAAGAAAAAAGAUUCUUUUUGUUUCUUCUUCAAGUCCAGAGGAGCAGUGACAAUUCAUCAAGGUCACUGGCUCCUCCUGUGCACAAGUGAGAAGUGGUUGUCCAGUGCACUGUAGUAGCCAACUAGUACUUGGUCAACAAUGAAGGGGGGGACUAUUCACAAGCUAUUCUGUAGUCAAAUAGUAAGUACUUCUAGUACAGUACAGUUGUGCUUCAUUACAAAAAUAAUAGGAGCUAUAGUACUGCACUACUACAUUUAAGGAUAUUACUUCACAUUUACUACUGGUAGUCCUAAUUUUGGUUACAGAAUACGACAAGUACUGCUACUACAACUAGUAGCACUAAAUCUGUUGUUUUCAAGAGCUGAUGUAUUGCACAUCCAAUCAAACCACAUUCGCUUCCUCUCCGUGCUCUACUAAUAGCUGAGAUGAAUUUAGCUACCAGAAUAUGAAUUGUUAACAACUGUACUUGUCAUUUUAUGUUAGUUGCGCCUCCACAACCACUCCUUGGAGGGAGGCGCCGCCCCUCGGAGCAGCUAGGAGCAGCCUUCUCACCAGAAGUUCUGGUUCUGGCCAUGGUGUCUGUUCUAGUUCACGAGGUUAAACACACACACACACACACACACACACACACACACACACACACACACACACACACACACACAUAUAUAUAUAUAUAUAUAUAUAUUGUACUUGCCAGUUUGUGCAUAGGUCGCAAAUGAGAUGCUAUUAAAUGGAAGAAUGCCGCGAGAUGCAUUUCAUGAUGUCCGGCAUGUCGAUUUGAACACGCUGAGUCCCAUUGGACACAUUGUAAGAAUGCUCGGCGUCUUCUGCCAUGACAUAAUGAUCAGUGUCCUCGGUGGCGUCACUAGUGCGAUGACUACCAUUAUCUCUGUUUGGUUCCCAUAUUGAAGAUUCCAAAGCCGCUCGUGGCGCUUCAACUUCCGAUUGGAGUGACUUAUCCGCUGUUGACGCGGGGUGAGGAAAAAUUAUUUCUACCGCCGCCAGCAUCAGGGGUAAUGCUGGUCCGUCACGCGGUCUCUGGAAGUUAUCCGAUGUCCUUGUUCGACUGGUAUCCAACGACGAAGCCCCACCAUUAUGUUGAGGAAGCAUAGUUGGUACGUGAAGCAACAAUCGUGCAUCAUCGUCCGACUGAUUGCCAUACUUGGUGUCACCGGCGAUUGGAUGACCGAUCGAUGCCAUGUGACGGCGCAACUGGUGUUUCCUCCCAGUGUGAGGAAACAAAUCCACCAAAGUCAGUGGUACUCUAGGAGCAGUUGAUGCCUUUUUCUUAUGGUCGUCAUUUUCGUAAUUCGAGUCCCUGGGUGAAGAGUUCUCGGCAGCUGGAUCUACCUCAAAACGCCGCACGACUCGGUAUUCUGAACAGCAUUCCUUCCCACUCAGUGGGGAUCGAACGAAUCCAGCGGCAUUGCUAUCCCUGUGUUCAUCACCACCUUCCAGAUGACCGUGAACGAUGGCACGAUAGCGCUUCACUAGGAAUUCGGAUCGGUUCUCAAAGGCGUGGCUCAGGAAUCGAGCGGCGGGCCUCGUUCUAGCCACAAUCAAUAAUCCGUAAGUUGGUUGAUCAAGGCGGUGGACCGCCGCUGGACGACGUAGCGGAUCGUUGUCGAGUCUAUUCUCAUUCUUACUKGUUGCAACUUCCAUUGGCAAUUGAGGUAGGCAAUGCAAAAGUAACUCGUGCAUGCUUACUAUUUUCUCCCCAGUUUUUGCAGCAAUGUCAUUGUCACAUCUGUCUUUUUCUUUGUCUGCAUCAGUACCACAAUUACCGCUCCUGCUGUGGUCGUUGAUGUCCGCUACACCAUUUGUGCCAAUAAUAUUCGCAGCAGGUCUUGCCGCAAUGGGAGAAUCUACUACUUUGUGCACCGGCAUUCCGUAGGGUUUUACGACUACUGCAAGGUAUUUAUCUAUGAAGGCAAUGCGCAGCUUUCCCCCGAUAGAUCGACGAAUGAGAUCUUUCGUUGACGUUCCUCGUUUUCGAAAGUGUUGCUCUUUUGUACGUGUUACUUUUCUUCGAAUGCAGUCGAAUUGAUGUAUUUGGGUGUCGCAUUUUCCCUUUCGAAAAGGGGAGCGGGAACUUUGUAACGAAGUAUUACACCAUGCGUCACGAUCGUUUCCCAUUGUUCGUACGGAUCCAUCGCUGUUAGAAGAGCUGGAGCUCACCCAGAAUACACCUUUUCGGAUGCUUUUUUUGGAGCUGCUGAUUGUUGGAAAUAGUGUUGGCCAGCAGUGCUGAACGGCAAGGGGCAAAGGAACAACACCAGAAGCAAAACGAGGGUCUGACUUGUCGUGCUUCGCACCAUCGACAUCGCCCUCACAGAAGAAAACCUUUUCUUCGAACAGAAUUUCGUUGCUGCUGGUAUUGUCAUUGUUUCUAUCAUGUCUUGCUUCCUUUCCUGCAAUACACGACGGUUUAGGGCCAUUUUGUGGCGGUUUUUUCUUUGCCCAUUCUACUGCAGUCAUGCUCGACGACCUGAUUCAUUCACUAUGCUUUGAGUCGUCGUUGCUAACUGCAAGUGAUUUUUAGUUGUGAAGUCGCAAAGAUUGUGCAUGCUCAGUGCUAUGACUACCAAAAACUUCUCCAGUGCUACAGAUCCUCAUGAACUCCGUGGCUUUGAACCUAUCGUUACCGUAAGCUUACACUUGGUAUGAAGUCUCAAAAGCAAUUUGAGGUGCUUGUUUUUUGUUUUGAUUAGUUUCACUGGUCCUUCAAAGUACAGGACGGUACCAGUUGUUAAUUCUUCUCUCCACUGACGAGUUUAGAGAUAACCUACGGUACGGUACGCCUCCGCCUUGGUUUGAAACCUCUGAACUUACCGACCCACUGUUAUGGUGGCAGCCACAGCCGCUCCACAGUGAGUCAUGCGCUUAGCUGCCCGAAAGGGGGGCUAAUUGUACAACCCCAUAAAUAUGUAGGAGCCUGUGAGUGGCAUCAGCUCUGUCCUGAAGCUCUGAAGCCGAGUGCUGUUACUGGUGAACCACGAAUCCCUGUAUAUCAGUCAGCGCAUGGGGACAGAGCUCUGUCUGGAGCUCUGCCACCACCACCAGCUCUUCCCGACAAUGUUGGUGUCCAUGGAUUUUGGCGGCGUGGUACCACUUCCAUUCUCGAUAUCUGCAUCACUGCUGACACUGAUGCGAGGUCCCAUUGCUGACACAAACAUCCACUGAGUGUUCCACCAAAAGCUCAGGAGAAAAAAGAGAAGAAGGAUAAGUAUAAUGAGGCGUGCCUUCAGGCACACCACCAUUUUACUCCCUUGGUCUACUCAGUGGAUGGUAUGGAAUGCCCUGAAACCAAGAGUGCAAGGAAGUGCUUGGCUAAAACACUCUCUGCCAAAUGGGGCCAGCACCCAUCUCACAUCUGUCACAUUGUCUGCUCCCGCCUGGCCUUUGCCCUGGUGAGAGCUAGAGCAGUUGUUUGAGAGGGACCUGGGACACCAGGCUGAAGUUCAACACACCAGUUGAAUAGAUCAUUCAGCUGGGUGUAUUAGUCUGUGUCUGGUAAGGUGCAAUUCUGGUUUCUGGGUUUCAACAUCCAGGUUCCUUAUCUCUCAUUGUAGCUACCACAGUAGCUUUUGACUUGGCCUGUUUUUUGGACAUGUGAUCGUGUGCACAUCUCCUUUUGCACAAGUUUAUAUGUACUCUUAAGUGUGUAAGAAUGAUAAUUAUGUUAUGAUUUUGUAUCUUAAAAAGUCACCGUGUUAUUACAUGUUAACAGGUGUGAGUUCUUGAGUUUUGAUUAGAUCCUUAUGUAGAUGUUGGUACUGGAUCCACAUAAGGUUCUUUCUAUUCUAAACUUGUGACUUCAUUGUUCUUUUACGAUGUCACCGUACCUCAUAUCUUAGAACUCUUAGAUUCCUUGGUAUGAUGGAUCAUAUAAUUCAUAUAUAUGAAUAGUACCCUAUGAAACAUAGAUAGGAAUGGUAUGUCCAAUCAUAUCGGUACUUCCAUAUUUGUACUCUCGUAUCGUACAUAUCCUUAAUUUUGUUUUGUACGUACAUACUUGUUGAUUCCUUAUUGUACGUGCGUAUACUUGAUUCCUUAUUGUACGUAUGAUGUAUCCGUUGCACCUUUUUUCAGUAGUAAUUCUACUUUCCUGCAGUGUUGAUUUCAUUCAUGAUGCUUCAGUGCUUAUAACCACUAGGGCCCAUUACGUAAAUUUCAUAUCCAAUGUGUAAACUGCAAAAGCCCACCACGCCCUACAAGGCAAAAAGGCAUUCUACUCAAACACCAAAAAUUAUGACUAGUGAAACCACAGUUAGUUUUGAAGCCCAGCAUUUAGUACUACUAGUAGAUCUACAUAGGUCUACUAUUUUUGGUCACUAUUUUGACUGCAAAUAGCAUAAUAAAACAAUUUGAACUGUUCUGGAAUAGCCCCUAAUGUCCUCCCCUUUGGGGAUAUGCUCAGUUGUAGUGUUGGGAACAGUGCCCUGUGUCAUUGUUACUCAACUGUUACUAAAGGCCGGGAGGAGGUUCUCCGCCCAUUAACAGCCAGUGUGGCCAAAAAUGGCAAGUGGAGACCGGCUUCUGGUGGUUAGAAAAUAGGUCAGAACUCUAUCAAAAAACAACUCUAGACCACCAGACUAAGCGCCCAGUCCAAGUUGAUAUAAUUACUUAUAGAUCCAUGUCAUUGGGAAGCCAAAUGAUGCUCUAGUAGCGCAGUUGAGGUCAGUCCAAAGGCUAGUGAUGAGGAUCUUGCAAAAUAUUGUCUCAUUUUAUACAAAAUAGCACUAAUCCAAGACAAAAGGUUGCAUUUGCCUUGUGCUUCCUACCUAUUGGUCUUCCAUUCUUUGACAGAGUCUGUGAUCAGAUGGCAUUCUCCUCCUUGCUGUCAAUCAUAUAUCUCUUAAAUACUGGUUCAAAGAUGGCAAGGAGUUCUCUGAAGACCCUGUGAUCAACACCACAGCAAUUUAGAAGUCCCUGAUCAGUACCAGAAUAAAGAAGAAAUACAAAGGGAGAUUCAGCAUAUCUUCAGAGUACAAUUCUUUGUGUUUUCCUGUCCCUCCUUCAAGUGUCUUCUCUUUUUCUCUCUUUAUCCUCAUUGUCCAAAAGAAAUGCCUAUCAGGAGAAAAUGAUUGUCUUAAGGAGCAUCAACACAUUGAAAUACUGCUACCUUUCAACUGCCAAAACCAAUUGAUUAAGAAAUAUAGAGCUUUUCAAGAGUUUCAGUUGAUUGUUUGAAAGAUUUUUUGCAAGGGGAAGAAGCUUUAUUUGUUGUUGCAAGGUCCUAUCAUGAUUUGUGUUGUGGAAUAUAGUGGUAUGUGAGGAGUGUUCUUUUUGGUGGCAAAAGAAUAAGUUAUCCAAUCAGAAAAGAGGAUUCCAUGUUCUACACAUGACCUAUGGCAAGGCAGGCGUGCUAUGGUAUAGGACCUUCUACAUGUGAUUCAUAUAAUCCCACAGUUGCUCCUACACAACGACUCCUUGGAGGGAGGUGCUGCCCCUCAGAGCAGCUAGGAGCAUUAUUUUCCCCAGAAGUAAUGGUUCAAGCUGUUGUGCCUCUUCUAGUUCACAAGGUUAAAUAUAAUAUUAAGAUCUUUUUCUUUGAUUCCCAUAAUCCCAGAAGCCUAUAUCUGGGUCUAGGCACCUGAUAUUCUGGGAAUGGCCUAUUUCCUUGCAUGGUUUCAUUUUUAGUCAAUUAUAAAGUCAUUUCCUUGCAUUUCACUACAGUAUUUUGUAAACUCAUUUCUUUGCAUUCUCUAAGUAGUAGUAAUCAAAAUUCUGCUGUGAAACAACAGGCAAACCAAUGCUACACUGUACUACAACCACCAAAGAACUGUCAUAAGUUCAAUAACAAAGCAGCACCCCAAAAAACCAAGAAUUACCAUGGUACUAAUAAUGGGAUACUGAUAUGAUACCACCCACUGGUAAUACCACAUACUAGAAUGAUACUGCUAGUAUGAUAUACAGCACCAAAAUGGAAAGGAGGAUGCCAAUUAUUGAAUGCAGAUGCUGCUGAUACUGAGGACACUACUGAUAGUAGUACUACAGAGAAGGAUGCUGCUGAUAUGGAGGAGGAUCCUACUAAUACUAAUUCACUGAAUAUUGUUGAUGACAAACAACACUGAUACAGAUACUGGUGGUGCAGAUGCCACAGAUGCUACAGACACUACUACUAUAGCCUUUGGUGGUGCUGCAGAACAAACAGAAUAAUGAUAUGGAAUGCUGAUACAGAAGACUAGUAAUGUAGAGGAGGAUGCUAAUGUGGAGAAGACUAAUGCAGAGGAGGAGGAUGCUAAUGCAUAAUGCUGAUGUGGAGGAUGCUAAUGCAGAGGAUACUGAUAAGGAUUGAUGCUAGAUAUGAUACAAGUUGCUGGUGAUACAGAGGAUGCUGGUGAUCCAGUGCAACUCACUCCUCAAACAGUUUAUCCUCAUGGUGCAUCAUUAGUAAACUAUUCCACUCAACUAGUAGUCAUAGUACUAGUAGUAUUAGUAUUAGUGGUUGGUAACAAUACUACUACUACUACUACUACUACUACUACUACUACUACUACUACUACUACUACUGCUACUACUACUACUACUACUACUACUACUACUACUACUGCUACUACUACUACUACUACUACUACUACUACUACUACUACUACUACUACUACUACUACUACUACUACUACUANCUACUACUACUACUACUACUACUACUACUACUACUACUACUACUACUACUACUACUACUACUACUACUACUAUUGGUGGUGUUUGUAACACCAAAGUAUUCUGAUGUUCUAUUCUUCCUCAUCUUUUGGGAAUUGAAUUCAUAGUGUUAAUGUACUAUUUGGUUAUGUGUAAAAAAUAAAAAUAUUUUUCAGUAUGGGAACACCCACAUUUUUGUCCAUUUAUACAUUCUUCUUAGACUGGGCAUAGUAGUAUCACUAGCAGUAAGCUUCAUAUGUGUAAUGAAGGGACAGUGCAAAUCAACUGCUGGGAGGAAUAGAGAGUACUAGAUGCCAUUUUUGAAAGUUGAGAGAAGAGUCAUUCAUGGUAAUGCAUGAUGAACACCAUGGAACUACUAGGAAAAUAUUCAUGGAGAUAAUUCAUGCAACAGAGAAGCAAAUAAUUUUCUUUCCCAAGAGUAAGAAGUUUGUUGUAUCUCACGUAUACAGUGUCAACAGGUCAUAUGGAUAACAACUUGUGCUGAAAAAAAUGGUUUUUAUAUUCGAAUGUUCCUAUUGGGAAAGCACUCUGUAGAAUAGCCCUUUCAAUGUUUGUUUGAAGAUCUCAGCAAGGCUAGCUUUGGAUUUAGAGGAAGAGAAGUCCAGGAACAAAUUGAAUAAAUUAAAAAAUGAUAUUCUGUGUCGAUCAAAUGGGCGGUAUUUUAUUCGGGCUACCGGUAUGCUUGCCAAGCGCACUUCAACAAAAGUGCAUUCAUCAUCUAGCAACGAAUAAAGAGAGCAAGGCAAUAUCAUUGCCUUUAUCUACCGUACCAUUCACCAUAAGUUCCUUCCACAACUUAGCUUUAUCCACGUCAAUUCCAAUCCAUGCACCGCUUGUAUUGUCCGUAAAAGCUGUUUAUCUUGAACCUAGGUUCUGUCGUGCGCCAUCAAUGGCGAUACAUUCUCCAGUAAGAAAUUUCGCCUUCUCUCCUGCCAGGAAUACAAUCAGCUCAGCGACCUCCGUAGCUUCGCCGAUUCGUCCUAGACUUUGAGCAAAUGGAUGUGUCGUUUCGACACUACGUUUGAUGAAUGCAGCAUACUGGGUUUCGUCCAUUCGUCCCCCAGCAGUGUGUAUGUUCGUUGUAACAACACCUGGAUUGACGUUGUUGACCCGAAUGCCCUUUGGAGCCAAAUCGACCGAAGCGCAUCGUGCCAUCAUGUCCAAUGCCGCUUUCGACAUGCAAUACGAAAGGCAUCCAGCAAAUGCCUGUUUGCCAUUUACAGAACUUACGUUGAUAAUCGAGGAAACGUUCGGAUGUUUUUCCAAGUAAGGAACCGAGUAGUGCAUAAGCUCAAAUGGAAUCUGUGUGUUGAGUGUCAUGUUAUAUUUAUAGUUGGAUAGAUCCGUACCAGGUGCUCCAGCUGCUCCUCCCUUUAAUACGCCAGCAUUGUUAAUGAGAGUUGUCAAUUCGCCAUCCAACAUUGAUACGGCCUCUUGAACGAUGCGCUCACAGGCUCCAGGCUCAACCAAAUCCGCCACAACAUAGUCAUGAAUCUGUCCGUUGUUCUUGAGUUCCUUCAACGACUCUUCGUUCCGUCCAACGCCGACUACCUUGGCGCCUGCAGCACUCAAUGAAAUCGAAGUGGCCUU